AUGGAGAUAUUCGCCCAGCCCAUAUGCUGUUGGAUUCCAAUCGACCGGGCAGUCAGAAUCGGCGAAGAGAUCGCCGUGCUGACUGAGCCAUUUGGGCGGCUACUUAGCAAAGACGACGACGGCGACCCUGGCACCUAUGGCCUGGCAGGGGCUCGAACCGAGACAUUUGCCCUCGGCUCUACUUACUACACCCUGCUACGUGGCCAUGAACCAGAAUUUCCGCCCUUGACCAAUUCGGCCAGCGACGCCAUUGUGAGAAAGUGCUGGAGUGGAGAAUAUCACUCGGUAACGAACCUUCUAGCCAAGUUUCCAGACGAUGGCGUGCAGGACAAUUCCACGAACGAGACUCAGGAAUGGUUGAAUCAGCUAGAAUCGCAAUACAGGGCAUUCGUCGAAAGUGGUCUUGUGGAUAGAUUAGAGAGAUAUUAG